AGAUUGAACAUGAAACUUCUAGUCUUGAUAUUAUUAUUUAAUUUUAAAUUUUCAAAUAUUUACGGUGCACGGAUUUUGGCCGUAUUUCCAAUACCAUCAAUAAGCCAUCAAAUUGUAUUUCGUCCAAUUAUAAAAGAGCUAUUGAAACGUGGCCAUGAGUUGGUUGUUAUUACUCCAGAUCCAGCAUUCCCUAAGGGCAAAGCACCGGUUAAUUUAACAGAAGUCGACGUCCAUGAUCUUUCUUAUUCUUCGUGGGAAAGAUUUAUUCAAAGAUCAGAAGAUACAGGAAGUAUUUGGGCUGACAAGGUAGUUUUCAUUUUAAGUGUAAUAGAACAAGUUUUUGAAGAACAAAUGAUUUCGGAACAAGUCAUAAAUCUACUUAAACAAAAUGAAAAAUUUGAUCUUAUAUUGGUUGAAGCUUGUGUAAGAAUGACUCUUGGUUUAUCACAUGUAUUCAAAGCACCUAUGAUUCAAAUAAGUUCUUUUGGAUCGCCUUUUAAAAAUUCAGAAUCAAUUGGAACACCGUUUCAUCCAUUUCUCUAUCCAAGUGUGUUCAGACAUAGAAUAAAUGAUUUAAAUAUUUGGGAAAAAUUAACAGAAUUGUACAACGAAUUUGUAUUUCAUAACCGUCUAAAGUCAAAUGAAAUUCAUGAAAAUAAAAUAAUGAAACGUUUAUUUGGAGAAGACACUCCUACAUUACAAGAAUUGUUUAAAAAAGUUGAAAUGUUACUAUUAAAUGUGCACGCAAUUUGGGAAAACAAUCGUCCUGUAUCACCGAACGUCAUUUAUUUGGGAGGUUUGCAUCAAAAUGAUAAAAAAGACUUACCAAAGGAUCUACAAAAAUAUCUGGAUUCCUCUGUUAACGGUGUGAUAUAUGUCAGUUUUGGUACAAACGUGCGACCAUCACUGCUUCCUCUAGAAAAAAUAAAAAUAUUGACCGAAGUAUUUUCUGAAUUACCCUAUGAUGUUAUAUUCAAAUGGGAUAAAGACGAGUUACCAGGACAGACUAGAAAUAUAAGAAUAUUCAAAUGGGUACCACAGGCCGAUUUGUUAAGACAUCGGAAUAUAAAAUUAUUUAUAACUCAAGGUGGUCUUCAAUCUACGGAUGAAGCCAUAACCGCCGGUGUUCCACUAUUAGGUAUACCUAUAUUUGCAGAUCAAUGGUACAAUAUUGAGAAAUAUGAGAAAUUUAAAAUUGGACGUGGUCUUAAUAUGGAUACUCUUAAUAAAGAAACUUUAGCAGCUGCUAUAACUUCUUUAAUAGAAGACGAAAGCUAUCGCCGGAAUAUAGAACGUCUUAGAACUAUUAUGAACGACCAACCGAUGAGGCCGUUAGACCGGGCUGUAUGGUGGAUUGAGCAUGUGCUGAGGUUCGGCGGUGCUGCUCAUCUAAAAUCUGCAGGCGCUCACGUCACCUGGUCUGAAUACUUCGAAUUAGAUAUUCUUAUAAUAUUAAUCCUUUUGACUUUUAUAUCUUUAAUAUUGAGUUCACUUUUUUGUAUAGCAGCUUGGAAAUUUCUAAGUAAAUACAUUUGGAACGUGAAAUUGAAGACAUUUUAAGUUUAAUUCAAUAUCGAUUUAUAGGAAAUAUUUGUGAAUUUUACAAAAAA